UUCGUAUCGUAUCGCUAUAUCGAUCGAUAUUUGAUUACAAUCGAUAUAAAUAUAUAUAUAUGCCAAGUUGCAUCGUUUCCAUGAAAAUUGUAUUGUGCCCUUCUUUAAUUCCCACUGAAAAAAACUAUUAACAUUUUAACUGGAAAAGAAAAUCACUUGAAUAACAAAACGGUGUCGUAUUAAGACAUCCUUAAAACAAGAACAUCUAGAGAAGUCCAGAGAAAAUGAAAAAAACUCCACAGCCUCGUCUCUUCCAGAAUUUUCCGAAUGAUCCUUUAAAUGCUUAUAUGCAUCUCCUAUGUUUGCAUCGCACAAAUCAAGAUUCAUCAAUCUAUAACAAUUCCUGUAAAAUAAUUUGCAAAUGGCCCACUGUUUAUCAAACAUGUUAAUCUCCCAACCCACGUUUCUCUGUCCGAAUCUCUCUCCUUCGAAUUCAAGAUUAUCGAGCUCCAGAAACCCGAGCAGAAAUGGCGGCAGAAUCAGUGUAGUGAAAUCAAUGGCGGAUGAAGGCAGAGACAAUCUUGAUUAUCUGCAGAGACAACAACAAAACCAACACCCCAAGAAAAAAUCAGCCCCACUCGCCCCAAUGGGUUUGUGGGACAGGUUUCCGACAGCAAGAACAGUGCAGCAAAUGCUGGAAACAAUGGAGAGAAUAGUGGACGACGGCCCUUUCGCCUACGGCGGCGAAUGGCGGUCGCCGCCGCCGCCGCCGUCGCGUACGCCGUGGGAGAUUAAGGAAGGCGAAGCAGAGUACAAGAUGAGGUUCGAUAUGCCUGGGAUGACGAAAGAUGAUGUCAGGAUUUGGGUUGAGGAGAAUAUGCUGGUUUUAAAAGCUGAGAAAUCGGUCAAGAGCAAGAACGAUGGUGAUGGUGAAGAUGAAGACGGCGGCGAGGAUUGGCCGGUGAAGAGUUAUGGGAGGUACAGUAGCAGAAUUGCUCUGCCGGAAAAUGUUGAGUUCGAGAAGAUUAAGGCUGAGGUUAAAGAUGGUGUCUUGUAUUUAAAUAUACCCAAGGCUAAAACUUCUCCCAAGGUUUUUGAUGUCAAUGUGCAGUAAUCAUUUGAGUGGUGUUGUGCAAUAAAGCUUUGAUUUUUAUUGUUUCUUGAUUGAA